UUACCCGCCUUGUGCGUGAUGUGUGUAGUUGUAAAUAAACCUUUUGAAAUUUUGGAAAUUUCCAACUCCAUCUCAACAAGUGAACUUGUUCUUCAAGUACCUAUACGUUAAUUUUCAAAACAAAAAUUUGAUGGAUUGUAAAGUAUGUCUGUCCAGAAAUACUUCGCAUUGUUUGGACAUUUUUGGUCAAUUGCAUGAGGAGAAGAAUAUAUCUGUAAUAAUAGCCAAACAUCUGUGGUUCGAUCUUGAACCAACUAUUGAACAACAAUGGAUUUGCAAUCACUGUUGGGAAGCAUUAAGUAAUUUCAAUAGUUUCUAUGAAUCAAUUUCUUAUAUUCAUAGCAAUAAAAUUAUUGAUGAUGUACCUAGAUGCGCAUCUGCGGAAAAAUCAAACACGUGUUUGCGAAACUCAGAUGUUAAACAAGAACUCGAGUCAUGGACUGAAUCUAUCGUUGACGAUAGAUCUCUAUUGGCCGAAAACAAGAAAGACGGCAAUCAAGAUCAAUCGGAAAAUGAUAUAAAUCAUUGUGUAGAACAUAAAACGAGUUCAGGGUCAUCUCAAGAACUGAGUAAUCAUCAGUGGGAUGAUUCAGAUGAAGAAUUGUUAAUAAACAAAACAAGAAUACCAGAUAAUAAAGAUCUUGUUCCGUCGUUUUCCAAUGGUAGUUGCGAAUCGGAGCCUGAUUUCCGCAAGACUAGGAAAAUACGUAGUGCAAGAAAGCGGGAUGAAAAGUUGUUUAAAUUUAUUGACGAAUUCAUUUGUUAUGUUUGUCCCGAACGGGUAGAAUUUAAUCGCUUCUACCACGCAACAAUUCACUACAAGGAUUAUCACAAAGAACCAGCUUACAUUAAGUGUCAGAAAUGUGACAAACGGUGCUACAGCCCAGGAAAUUUUAUCAGUCAUAUGGCUUCGCACAGUGAUCCUGACAUAUAUAGAUGCAAGCUAUGUGGAAAACAGAACGAUCAUAAGAUUGCCCUCUCGAAACAUAUGCGAAUUCAUCUGAUAGAUGCAACUAAUGAUAAAUUGCCCAUUCGUUGUGGAAUAUGUCCCAGACGUUUUGAAACCGAGAAAAAACGCGAUCGGCAUGAGAAAACUCACAACCGAAAACCGAUUCAAAAACUUCCACGAAUUGUGGGCCGCGACGAUGAAUUGUUAGGAUUUUAUAAACGGAUAAGCUGUGAAUUUUGUGAUCAAGAGCACGCUUCUAACGAGAUAGUAGAAAAACUAGAGUUUUCUAAUUUUCAGGAUUUGAGCAAGCAUAUGCGAAUCGCUCAUGACGAGAAAGGCUAUCUAAGGUGUCACCUAUGCGGGAAGAAAUGUAAUUUUCGGUCUGUGCUACUUUUGCAUAAAGACUUUCAUUUACACCCCGAAAAAUAUAAGUGUGCUAUAUGUGGUGCUGUCUAUCAAAAUUUGCAGAAACACAAAGAAUUGGUCCACGGUUCUACUUUACAGCCCUCAUUCUGUUGCGAACAUUGUGGAAAAGCUUUAACAUCCGAGAAAAGUCUCAAAUCUCACGUUGAACGUAAACAUGCGCUAAAGGACACUUUUUGUGAUAUUUGUAAUAAACCUUUUAGCAAAACGACACUAGAGAGUCACCGACGAGCUGUGCACGAAAAUGCUUCAUACAUGUGUUCACAAUGUCCGAGGAUGUUUAGGAGCAAAUUUUCUCUCAAUCGUCACCAAGAUGAUCAUGACAAUAGAGUACGCGAAAGAGUCAAAUGUUCAAUGUGCGAUAUGACCUUCAAACACAAAUAUAUCUUAACCAAACAUAUAGAUUCGGUCCAUACAAAGGAGGCACCUGUUUCGUGUGAUGUAUGCGGCAAACAGUUCAAAUCAAAACAUCAUUUAUGGAGUCAUAAAUCGGACACGUGUAAUAAUCGCAGAUAUGAUUGCACAAUUUGCGGUCGUAUUUUCAAGGUAAAGGUUCGUUUAAAUGAGCACAUGACGACGCACACUGGGAAAAGUUUAUAUCAAUGCACUUUUUGUCCCAUGACCUUCAACUUUCAAUCUAUUCUUUACACUCACCGAAAAAAGGCGCACUACGAACAGUGGCUCGAAAUGCAAACCAAGCGAGAAGAAGGAAUCAAAUUCAAGGUGAUGGAAGCACCAGGUUAUUCUUAGUACCUACUUGACCCCACUUGACCCUACUUGAUUGAGGAAACUUUGUAAUUUAAUUUAAAAAAAUGCCGUCAAGAAAAUGUGAUAAACUCAAAUAAAACCAAUUGAAUUACCUUAAAUAAUUUG